AUGGCAGCUGAAAUUGAUGGUACUUCAAAAGGUCUAUUAGGUGUAUUUGCCGCAUGUACACUUAUAAGUGGUAUUGUUUCAUUAGUCUAUGGGGUUUUAUUAUUAAUCCAAAAUCUUCAUGUCGGAGUUUAUUUUGGCGUAAUUAAUCUAUUUACGACAAGUAUCAUACUUAUCGUUAUUGGUGGUUUAUUAAUAAUAACGGUAGUUUUGGCUGUAUCAGGUGCUUUAAAGGAUAUUUCGAAGUUACGUUUGGUAUCACUUGUAUUGCUGUCCGUUUUAUUUGUAGUACUUGUGAUUGUUGGUGUUUGGGCAAUGGCUUCAUAUAAAACAGGCCGUUUAGAAAAAAGUAUAGGCGCGGAUAUAAAACUUUUCAGAGACAGAUCGGACAAAUCAUCAUCAGAUUUCACAAAACAGGCUGAUUAUUUAAAAAAACAUUACAAUUGCUGUAUUGUAUAUGAUUCAAACACAGGUCCUACACAAACACCAGAAACUCGUUGUGUCGACUUAAGUAUUAAUGAGAAUGCAGAUAAGAACGAUUUAAAAGAUGCUUGUGCUAAUGCUUAUUUUGAUAAGAAAUCUAAAGACGUUUUUCGUUUGGCUAUUUUAACAUUAGCCACUGCUGGUGUAGUACUUAUCGGUCUUCUUUUAUAUGGUGUUGUAUGUCAACGUGCACGUGCUGGAUAUGCGGCUGUUUCUCGUGGGUGA